GCAGGAAUUGCAUCCUUUACAUCACUAGUUGCCUCCUCUGUGAUGACACUUAACUCCACCUCCUGUGAUGCCACCCUGGGACUUCCCUUUUCUAUCUGCAGACUGCUAGUAGCUUCUGCACUGCUAGCUUUCUCUUUUGACUCUCCCUGUGGCUCCUGAGACUCAUCUCCAACUCUGCUCCUAAAGGGAGAUGGGUGAUCUCAAUCCUACCUGUGAUGACCUAUAUGCAGAAUGUAGACAUAUUCUUCCUGGUAUGUCUGUGGAACAAACUAAACAGAUUGAGGCUGCUAUCAAAGCAGGAAACUUCUUAGAAGCAGCUUCUGUGGUGCAGACAUUCAAGAAUUUGUCAGGCAUUGAGUUCAAUAUCGCCAUCACAGGAGAGUCAGGAUCUGGCAAAUCAUCUUUGGUCAAUGUCAUCCGGGGCCUGGGAGAUGAAGACAAAGAUGAAGAUGCUUCUGAAACUGGUGUGCUGAAAAACACCACAAAACCAGUACCAUAUUGGCAUCCUAUGUGUCCCAUAAUGAUUGUCUGGGACCUGCCCUCGAUUGGGACCCCAGAUUUUCGGCCCGACACUUAUCUGAAACAAGUGAAGUUCAGCCGCUAUGAUGUCUUCAUCAUCAUCGCUUCAGAGAGGAGCAGAUUCUGCCUCACUGAGCUGGCCCGGGAGCUCACCGGGAUGGGAAAGAAGUCUUACUUUGUACGCUCCAAAGUGGACUUGGACCUGUUUAAUGAGAAACACAAAAAAAGCUUCAAUGAGGAGAAAACCCUGGAGAAAAUCAGAAACGACUGCGUCAACAACCUGUCCAGAAUAGGGAUGAGCUCCCCGCAGGUUUUCCUUGUCUCGAAUAGGGAAUUUCAGAAAUACGAUUCUCCACAGCUGCAGAAGACUUUGCUAAAGGAACUCUACCAUCACAAGCCUGAGACGAUCAGGGCCACUGAAGCCCCCAGCAGCAGUGGGAUGAUGGAUGAUUCAAAAACUCACUGGGCAGAUUUGAUUUCAAAAUGGGGCAGUAAACUGCCCGGUUUGUCUGAGGAGGAAAUUAAAGAAUUCCAGACGGCUGCCAAAGCCGGAAACCUCUCAAAAGCCAUUUAUGUGGUGAAGAUGUCUGAUGACGUAUUAAGAAAUACCAAACUCAGCAUCGCCAUCACAGGGAACUCGGGUUCUGGGAAGUCAUCUUUCAUCAAUGCCAUAAGGAGCUUGAAUGAUGAUGACAGAGGGGCAGCCAAGACUUGGGUGAAAGAAAUGACAGACAAGCCAACUGCUUAUCCCCAUCACAUAUUCCCAAAUGUCACUAUGUGGGACCUUCCUGGAAUUGGAACAAUGAAGUGUCCAGCAGAAAAAUACGUAAAAGAUAUGAAAUUUGAUCAGUAUGAUUUCUUCAUCAUCAUCACAGCCGGACGCUUCACAGAGGCUGAUACCAAACUUGCCAAAGAAAUCAGCAGGAUGGGAAAGAAGUUUUACUUUGUCCGUACCAAGGUAGAUGUGGACUUGGAUAAUGAACAAAGAAAAAGAGAUUUCAGCAAGGAGAAAACUCUACACAUAAUCAGAAGUGACUGCAUGGAGCAGCUACAAAAAGCAGGCAUCAGCUCCCCACAGGUUUUCCUGGUGUCGAGAUGGCACUUUGACAAGUACGAUUCUCCAGAACUCCAGGAGACUUUGGCGAAUGAAAUCGACACUCAUAGGAGACAUGUUCUUAUCUGUGCCCUGCCCAGCACUUCUGAAAAAAUCUUGAAAAAGAAACAGAAGGCCCUUCACGAACAGAUCUGGAAACAAGCCCUGAAGUCGUGCGCUGUCGCUGCUGUUCCUCUCCCAUUUCUCUCGGUUAAGUGCGAUGUCGACAUCUUGAUGGAGAACAUGAGAGAGUAUUGCCAGUGCUUUGGCCUGGAUGAUGAUUCCAUCAAAUCACUUGCUCGGCAGGUUGGGAAGUCUGUUGAUGAGCUGAAGUCUGUGAUAAAGUGCCCUCUGGUCAAAGAUAUAACAAGAGAUGAGGUUUUUAAGCGGCUCAGAGAGGCUACAGGGGAACGUAUGAUGACAGUUAAAUAUUUUAUUAGUGUGGUACCACUGAUUGGUUCUGGGAUAGCGGCAAAGAGAUCUUACAGUGUCACCUAUGAAGUGCUACAUACGUAUUUGGAUGAAGUUGCAGAAGAUACUCAACGAGUCCUGAAAAAGGCUUUGGAAGGAGCAGAGAAUAACUAAGAACAAUAUCCCAAGGCGGAGCUUCUUCCCCAGCUUCCCAGGAUAAACUGCCACAGCCAUGGUCUCGUUUCUUCAAUUUUAUUGUCUCAAGCUUAAACAAAGCAAGACACAAAACCCAUUCUCAGCUCACCCUUGCAUUGUGGACUUUCACGGCUUCCCCUUCCAGGGGUCUCUGGCAGUCCUGCUGCUCCUGGUUCCUGCAGCUUCCUGCCUCUCUCUCAGCCAGUCCCUCCUCAACGGGUCUCUCUAGAGUUUGUCCACACUGUGCACUAAGCCUAGCCUUUGACUCAGGUCUGAGCCUUAGCCCCACUUCCUUCCACAGCCCAAUCAGCCUGACUCGGGUCAGUGAGCACUAGGACUCUGCUGAGGGGGUGAGUCCCACUGAGUCUCAGGUCCAAGCCCUGUCAUUCUGCACUGUGGAAGCAGCUCAUGCUGCAGACCCCAAUCAGAAGCUCUGUGUGCUGCAGUGUGGCCAUCAAUGGCGGGAAACAAACCCUUUUUGUUGAUGUAGGAAAGUGCUACAGCUGCAGUACGGGAUCACCUGGACGGCAGACAUGGCCUACGGGUCUAUCUGCACUACGGAGACUGUAUAUCAGUGUAGCUACAUUGCUGUAGCUAUGUUGGCAUAGAAAUGUAGAUGCAGCCCAAGCCCAUGGAAAGGGUUUUUCCAUCGCUGUAGGACACCACUUCCCUGAGUGAUGGUUUCUUCCGUCGCCAGAGCUGCGUCUACACUGGGGCUCAGUCGGCAGAGCCGUGUUGAUUAGGGUGUGAUAGAUCUGGGACAAACCUACCAGUUUCUAACUCCGGGGGCCUGGCUACACUUGCAGAUGUAGAGCGCUGGGAGGUAAACCAGCCUUCGGUGAGCGCAGCAGGGAAAAUGCUGCCACGUGUUCACACUGUCAGCUGCGUGGCCACAUUAGCAGCUCUUGCAACGCCACAAAGAGCAGUGCAUUGUGGUAGCUAUCCCAGCGUGCAAGUAGCUGCAACAUACUUUUCAAAUCGGGGGGCCUGGAGUGUGGCAAGGAGUGUGUUGUGUGUAUGUGGGGGGAGAGACUGUGUGUUUUGGGGGGCAGAGAGUGUGUCAGCAUGCUAUCUUGUAAGUUCAGUCAGCAGCAGACCCCCCACACCUCUCUCUCUCUCACACACACACGCCUACCUAAGCAGCAGCAGUAUUCCACGGUAAUGGUUUGCUUUGUUCCGGAGCAGAUAAGCAUGCCAGCUGUCAGAAACAGAGCUUUCAAAGGGGAUAUCCACAUGCCUGCAGUUGAGUUCAAAACAAUGACCAGAGUCGCCACUUGAC